AUGGUACCUAUUCCUAUUCCUAUUCCUAUCAAUAUCACUCUACGCUUUCAUGGUGGUGCAGAAAUCUCAUCUCAGGACACUCUCGACGUGAUGUCCAGUCAUGGUGCAGGACAAGUAGUUGAAGCUGUUCGAGUUGAUUCAAUACCAUUACCUAAUUUAUCGAUCACUUAUACCGCACAUGUGGCAGAUACAGGGGACGUUCCAACUGUUCAACAAGGUGAAUGGAUAGGUAUCACCGGGAAGGAGAUUAGAGCCUUCUCAGCUGUGUUGGAAGGUGAAGAUGCACACAAGUACUUGCUUCGAUACAAGGCGAAACUCAAAGACGCGACAAGCCCAGAUCUCUUUGGUGGGGAUAUAUGUGGGUCUAUUGAGCCUACAAGUCAUGUCUUGGCCCUUGUCAUGUGGUUAGAGGAAGUCCCACCAGUCGACCAGGCCAGGGAAUCUUUCGUUGCCAACUUGGACCACUUCAUUCAACUAUACGACCUGCUCGACACUCAAUUAGCACAAGUAGAAAGCAGCUCCAAAUCAGCCGACGAAAGUAUAACCACAGUUUCUCAAAAGCUUGAAUCACAAUUGACGGCAGCCAAGAUAGCUUCAACGACCAGUUCAGUCGUUUCUAUCGUUGGAGUCGUACUGCUUUUUACCCCAUUAGCACCUGUUGGAGGAGCUCUCACAGUCGCAGGAGCAGUUGGAUCAGUCGGGACGUCACUGACACAAAGUUAUAUAUUUGAAGGUGGAGCUUCACAAGCUUUUCAACAAGUAAUGGAAAAAUAUGGUACUUCUUCUAAGACACUACAAAAUACUCUACAAGCUAUUGAGAACGACAAAGACAAGUUGAUUGAUUUACUCACCAUAUUCCUUGCUGCUCUAGGGAAAAAACCGGGUCCUCCUAUUAUUCCUAAACCAAAUUUUCAUUAUAAACCAAAUGAAUUCAGCAAAUUGGCUUUCGAGAAAUCUGGUCUUUCCGUUACCGCAUCCUCGAAGCCAUUCCUGAAUCAAGGAAUGAAAAUGGUAGAUAAAGCCGGUACUCUUUUCGAUAAAGCGACUGGAAAAUUUGCUGGAUCUACAGGUAGAUUAUUGGGUAAGACUGGAAGUGGUGUAGUAGCAAAAGGCCUACCAUUAUUGGGAAAAGCAUUGCCAAUAGCGAGUAUUGUCAUUGACGUUGUGUCGAUCGUUAAUACUUGGACUAGCGACAAUGAGACUUUGAAACAAGCUGAGAAUCUACAACAAAAGAUGAAGGACAGUGUCAAGGCAUUUCAAGAUCUCGUCAAGGAAUUCAACAAGAUCCUGGAAGAUCUACUCGGUGACACUACCUUGCGAAAGAGUAUCCAAAAACUUCUUAGACUCGCAAAGAAACCUCCCGGUCCUCCAGAUGGUCCAGGAGGUGCAUGUGCGAUGCUUGCCUUUAUGCAGGAGAUGGUAAAUGUACCCCUUUUGAUCUUCGCAAAUCUUUUAAAUGAUCAACAUCAAGAAGCAAUAGAUAACGAAUACGUCUCCGAAAUCUUACCUGAAACGCAUAUCACUCAGCUCAGUGGAAUGACAAUAACUGCUCCACUUGUAGAUCUGGUUUUUGACCAGUACCAAGAUGUAUCAGAUAUAAAUCUUACCCGUAGGAGUCACAAAGACACCAAACCGGAAGAUGAUCCCAACGAAUCUGUAUUUGGCAUCGAAUUAUUCCGAUCAAGAUGCUGGUGGGUAGCGUUUGGUGAUCAAAGGGUCUUCAAUGUCGAUGGAUCCAGCUGGGAUAAUCGUGUACCAUCCUGGAUCAAGUAUUGGGAAUACGAUCACACUUUCUUGGGAGGCUGUCUGAUGCGUAAAUGUUAUGUCAAAAGUGAAGGGACGGGAUAUUCUCGUAACACUCCUAUCGUUGGAGGACAUAUGGAAUUAGAGAAUCCAAGAUAUAGAUCAUGGUAUAUCUUACCCAUAUGUCAGAAUCAUAAUGCUCCUUGGGGAGAAUUCGAUCGAUUCGGACCGAGAGGACCUUUGCAUACUCAUGAUAACGCAUAUGCCGUAAAGAUCCCUCGCGCAUGGUAG